UUCCAUAGGCUCAGAUUCGCAUCUUCUAUUUCCAAAACACAAAUCUUGAGGGAAAUGCCCGCGGUUGCCCGGACGGCAAACAAUCCCUCAAGUAUUUGUUUCUUUUUGGACUCGUAAGGAAGCGUGGGCAGGAUGCUGCCUCGCUGAGGAGCCGUAAUGGAGUGUAAUGGAUGACACAUGGCUGUGAUGCUCCAGGAUCAUCAUCUAACUCAUCAUGUCUCCGGCAGCUCCGGUAACGGACAGCAGUGCUGUUGAUGUCCUCCACGAGCAGACGGACGCGCCGCGGGAAGCGCAACGACCUGUAAAGCAGUCACUGAGCAAGUCCCUGUGCCGCGACUCGCACUGGAAAUGCCUCCUCCUGUCCCUGCUGAUGUACUGCUGCAUCAUCGCCAUGACCUGGUGCCAGGUCACGAAGGUCACACGCCUCACCUUCGACAGCGCUUUCAAGGGCAAGUCCAUGCUGUAUCACGACAGUCCCUGUUCCAACGGCUACAUCUACAUCCCGGUGGCCUUCCUCGUCAUGCUCUACGUGGUUUACCUGGUGGAGUGUUGGCACUGCUACUCGCGCAACGAACUCCAGUUUAAAGUCGACCUGGAGAACGUCUCCGAACGCCUGCAGCGCAUGCAACAAGCCACGCCGUGCAUCUGGUGGAAGGCUAUAAGCUAUCAUUACGUACGGCGGACGAGACAAGUAACGAGGUAUCGCAACGGCGACGCUUACACGACCACGCAGGUUUACCACGAGCGUGUGAACACGCAUGUCGCGGAGGCCGAGUUCGAUUAUGGUAACUGUGGGGUUAAAGACAUCUCGAAACACCUCACCGGACUCGAGAGCUUUCCAGUGACCAAGCUGCGCUUCACUAAGUGCUUUAGUUUUGCCAACGUCGAGUCUGAGAACUCCUAUUUGACGCAGAGAGCGCGGUUCUUCACCGAGAACGAAGGACUGGAUGAUUACAUGGAAGCACGUGAAGGGAUGCACUUAAAAAACGUAGAGUUUAAGGAAUACAUGCUUGCUUUUGCAGAUCCGGAUCGCUUGCCUUGGUACGCGUCGCAGUGUAGUUUCUGGUUGGCGGCGGCGUUCACUUUAUCCUGGCCAUUGCGGGUCCUAACGGAAUACCGAACGGCAUACGUUCACUAUCAUGUGGAGAAGCUUUUCGGUUUCGACUACGUCGCCGUUACGCCUCUGGACGAGCGUCCGUUUUGUCGCCACAUCCCGCGGGUGAACACCAUCGACAGCACGGAGCUCGAGUGGCACAUUCGUUCUAACCAACAGCUCGUUCCCAGUUACUCCGAAGCCGUGCUUAUGGAUCUGGCGCAGCAGUCCAGUUGCAACACGUUUUCACCGCGUGGGAUUGGCGCGGCUGGUGGAAACGGAUUCGGUGGAUACCGGCAGAACUGCGAACGAUGCCAUCGCUCUAUAAGCAGCUCGUCGAUCUUCUCACGCAGCGCGUUGAGCAUCUGCAACAGCAGCAGUCCUCGUUUGCCUUUCAGCGGCAGCCGGUUUUCGCUAGGCCGUCUGUAUGGCUCACGCCGCAGCUGUCUUUGGCGAAGUCACAGUAGUAGCCUGAACGAUCCCAGCUGUCCGACGGAAAGCACGCGGUGCCUGGCUGGUCAGUCGGCCAAUGAGGAGAGCCCACCUUCGCCGCCGGCCUAUCAGGACGCUCUAUAUUUUCCAGUACUGAUUAUUCACCGCAACGAAGGAUGUGUCAGUCACGACCACCAUUCGCUGCACCAUAAUGGAUCCUGCGUGGAGACUUCGUUAUAGCGUUAGCAUAAGGACGAAAACACAAAUUUGGUGUUGCUACUGUAUGUAUUUGCAAACAGAACAGACUGGUACAGAAAUGUUUGUAAGAAUCCUUACUUUUCCUUUAAAACUUUUGAAUGGCACCUGAUUGCAUUUCUUCAUAACAAAAAUAGUCUGGCUUUUACUGAUAUAUUUACACACUUGUGAUGCACCAUAUUCAGCUUCUUCAAUUAUGGAAACAUCUGCAAAACUACUUCUCACUUUGCAUUUGCAAUCAACAACAACAACAGCAAAGGUGAUUGCAACUUUUUAUCUCACAAUUCUGACUUAUAACAUGCAAUUGCGUAAUACAAACUCAAAAUUCUGACUUUUUUCCCAGAUUUGUGUGAUACAAACUUGCAAUUGCAAGUUAUAAAAUCAAAAUUGUGAGAACUAAACUUGCAAUUCUAAGAAAUUAAGUCAGAAUUGCGAGAUAUAAAUUCACAAUUAUGACUUUUUUCUCAGAAUUGCAAGUUUAUAUCUCCCAAUUCUCACUUAUAACAUGCAAUUGCGUAAUACAAACUCAAAAUUCUGACUUUGGAAUUCGGAAUUCAGAAUUGUGAAUUACAAACUUGCAAUUGCAAGUUAUAAAGUCAUGAGAUAUAAACUCACAAUUCUGAGAAAUUAAGUCAGAGCUGCAAGAUAACUCAAAAUUCUGACUUUUUUUUUUUUUAGAA